UUACUCUUUUAUGCUCUUUGGCAGCAACUGCAAAGCACUGCAAAGAGAGAGGUUAUGAAGUGAUUUUUAUAAACAUAAAUGUAUUGAAAAGCUUCCCAAAAUGCCCCAAACUGGUGCCACGCGCCACCAAAAGUUCCUUAAAUCUGAGAAGUCGAAAACUAAAUUAAAAUCCAAGAAGAAAGAUUUACCCAAAGGUACAAAUGUAACCAAAACGAAUUUCAAAGUUAAAAAAAUUGUUAUCAAAGAACAGUUGAAGAAACGGGGAACUAAUGAGGUAUUAUCGUCUAAAAAGCUUAAUUUAAAGGAUCUCUUGUCUCGGCUUAACCAUUUCAAUACUAAGUCUCGCACUGAAGCCCUGGAUGGUAUCAAAGAUAUAAUAACACAUGCUGAUAUAUUAGAUCAAAAUCUUGGACAAAUAAUUUUGGCUGUAACUCCCUUGGUGUUAAACGUCGAAAAAGUGGUUAGACACGAGACUCUCAAAGUCCUUCAAUUAGUUUUAUCAAAUGUCGAAAUCCAGAAGUUGGACCCCUUCUUUGACAUAAUGGCCACCUAUUUAAGGAGUGCUAUGACUCACAUCGACACUAGAAUCCAAGAAGACUCUUUGCUAUUUUUAGACCUUCUGCUUGUUUGUACACCUGAAAAAGUUGUCCAAUACUUUCACAAAAUAUUACCAAACUUUUUGGAUAUGAUAUCCAAGUUAAGAAUAGAUUCCAAACCAGGUCGAACAUUAACUGUAAACUUGGGCAGUCAAAUAACAAGUGUGAAAUGGAGGGUCAAAGUCUUACAUAGAUUGAAGGAUUAUCUUUCUAAAUAUAUCAAUCUGAACCAAGUGCAAACUAAGGAGAAACCUAGUUCAAAACCUGCUCAAAAAUUUGAUGAGUCAAAGAUGAACAUCUACUCUUUAUUCAACCCGGUAUACACAUCUGUUUGUAGUGUAUCAUGCUUUUCUUCUAAAAACUCGCAAGAUGUGGCACCCUUGGAUGAAGUUGAAAAGUUUAAACAUUAUGUUAAUACUUUGAUGCCUCUGCUUUAUGAAACUUGGCUGGAAGUGUGCCCAAAGACUUCAUCAGGAAUGAAUAUUGAAACUGUCAUCAAUGAGGAUGCAGCUGCACUACUAAAACAUUCACUGGAUGUAAUUUCUCUCCUAUUUGAUUUAGUUCAAUAUCAAGCUAUCAAGAAUCCAAGUUCAGACAUUGGGAGUAUAUUUAACCAAAAAUACAAGCAAUCAUUCAGUCAACAUUUUGUAACAUCAUUCCCUUAUGUGACCAAUAUGAGGAUGAAACAUAAAAAAUCUGAUGACUCUGUUUUUGAAGAUCUGAUAACAGAUCCAAAAUUAGUUCAGGAAAAUCUAAAAAUUUGUCACUUAUACAUUAAACUCAAUUCAAAUGUUAAUGUUAAGAAUCAGGCAAAAGAAAUCAAUUCAGUUCUAAACUAUCUUGAGAAAGCAUUCAGUCAUACUGCCCAAGAUGAUACUAUUAGCACAAUCAUAAAUGUACUGGAUACCAUAUUCUCAAAGCAAAACAAUUGGACUAAAGGAUCAACUGUCAUGAUUCCAAUAUUCCAAAAAAUAAUCAGGGAAUAUUUUAAUGAAAAUAUUGAUAAUUCAUUCAAACAAAAGAUUUUCUCAUUAUUAUGCAAAAUUGCUUUGAAUGAUUGGCUAAAAGAUUUUCACACAAGUGAAUCUUUUGAAACAUGGUUGAAGAAUUUACCGAACAUUUUAUUGGAAAAAUCCGUAACUACACAAACAGUCAAUAUUCUGCAAAUAUUUGCAGUUAGAAAUAAUGACAUAUUUUGUAAAGUGACAAAACCUAAUUUGACUAAAAUUAUUCAAAAUCUACCUAAAAUUGUUAUAUCUGAUGCAGAUAAUGAUACAUCUAUUUACUUUAAAUUAUUUUCAUUGUUAUAUUGGAUUAAAUCAUGGGAUGGAAAAUCUUUAAAUUUAUUAGAACAGCAACUAUUGGAUAAUGAGUAUAAAAGUGAUCAUGGCAAAUACAUCUUUGAUACUCUGCGGUUGAGAGCAGGUGGAAUAAUGUAAUAUUAUUAUGUUCUGUGUAUGUACGUAUGUAUGUAUGUAUGUUAAAUUGAAGAAAUAAAAAUUAAAGUACCA